CAGUCGGGACCGUCCAGCUCUUCCUCCAUCGGUUGGCUGGUCGAGGUCCUUGGGCGCCGAAAUCCCAAAUACGGCUGCACUAGCUAAUUAAACAGGGAGCGUUGUAGCAAGCACCAAGUCACCAUGACGACAAUGGGGCUGCUGCUGGGACUGGCGGCAAAUUGAACGGACGCAACACAACAGGAGCGAGAAAGGAAAAGAAAAAAAAAUAAUGAUACAGGGACAUUCAGAUGCGGACAAUAACACAGCAGCAGCAGCUCCAGUCUACAGCCUCAUACAGCAGCACUAAACAGGUCUUUGCAGUGGGUAUGACGGUGCUAACACCUCCACCUUUGUGUUGCUGAUGACGCCGUGCAGCCGCCGAAGACUCAGCAGAAGACCAAGGAGCAGAAGAUGGCCGCCGCCAUGGCCGGUGGCAAGGGCAAGGGCAAGAAGAAAUGGUCCAAGGGCAAGGUCCGCGAGAAAGUCGCCAACAAGGUGCUGUACGACCAGGAGACGUACGAGCGCCUGCUUGUGGAGGUCCCCAAGAUGAAGCUGAUCACCGCUUCGGCCAUCGUGGAGCGCCUCAAGGUGAACGCCGCGCUUGCCCGCGCUUCGAUCCACGAGCUGGAGGAGAACGGCACCAUCUCGAAGGUGCUGGCCCACCACUCGCAGCUCAUCUACACUCGCGCUGUGGCCGCUGAGGAGUAAGCAGUUGCUGAAAAGUAUUGAUGCUGUCCGCCACUUUGAGCUCUGGUUGUCCGUGUUUCGCGUCUCGCCCUUUGGAUGACGAUGCCGUCGUUUGAACUGUACGUUUUGCUGUUCGACGAUGAAGGACUGGAUGAACGGAGCAGGCACGCGCUCCUAGUAGUAGAGUGAGGACGUGCGUCCACUAUUCGUCUCGAUCGUCGUGGUAAUCCGCAGCAAAAGAGCGAAAAUGGAACACGUCCCUCCCUGUUUAAAUUACUGGUUCUCUGCUCUGCUGUUUUA